ACAGCUCACGAAAAAAGUUCGUCCAUGACAAGGUUUUCCGAAAACGCUGUACUGACCUGACGUCUGCCUUGGAGCUUACUGGGGUCUGCAGUCUCCUCAACACCGCCUGCAUGUCGUCGAAGAGGGUCUCGAUUGGCUGUGAGGUGGUCGUCAAGGUACGAGAGGCGGGAUAACGCUUUGUGCGCCUUUUGGGUGCCCAGGACGUCAGUAGCGUCAACCAUGAUCUCACCUCUCCUCCGUCUCACUGUAUGGCUGCCUAUAAAAGACGCCGGUUUGGGCAUACAAGUCGUCAUUUCCCUCCCACUCUCCCACCAUUCAGGACCCGCGAUACAGUCGUAUCCUGCGCACUCUGAGCUUUCCAAAUUCCGCUGAUAACUCUACGAACUCUCCACUCAAACACCCACCAUGUCGCACAUCGAUCCUCAAGAGAGCCGCCAGCACCUCGACGUGCUGAACGAUGGCUCUUCCGAUGCCGGGUCGUCCGUCGACGAGCGCACACCCGAUCAGCAGAAAGCCGACAAGGAGCUCGCCAACCGUCUUUCGUCGAUCAUUGAGAACGCAAACGAGAAGACGGUUCCCAUCUGUAAGAUGAUUCGCAAGCACAUCGAGAACAUGGACGCCCAGAAGGAGGAGGACCGCUCGGAGCCCGAGCUUGUGAAGCAGGUCAAGCCGCUCCUCGAGCAGGCGACGAAGAUCCUCGACGAGACGAAUGGGCAGAUCAAGGGCGCCGAUCCGGACGGCCGCCUCGCCAGCCGCGCCAAGCGCCAUCAGGCGGACCACCGCGCGACUCCCGAGGAGCAGCGGCUGGCAGAGGCGCUCAAGGUGCUUGUCGAGGAGGUCGGCGGCACCAUCGAGUGGGCGCGCGAGAAGCUCGAGCACUACCCGAAGGCGAAGAAGGAUCUUGGCCCGCUGCUGGAUGCCCUUGGCCAACCACUCACGCAGAUUGUCGGCGGUGUCGCAAUUCUGCUCGCCGGCGUGCUCAACCUCGUAGGGAGGCUGCUCAGCGGCCUUGGCCUCGACAGCUUGUUCAAGGGCAUUGUUGCUGCGACCGGCUUGGACAAGAUCUACAACAGCCUUGGGCUCGGCAAGUGGCUGAACUCGAAGUAGAUGUCUUGUAGCAUAAUAUCGGACCUUGGAAAUCGGACUGUAUUUGUAUGGAAUACCCGUGUGUUAGCGAUACGUGUAUAUGACUUGAUAUAGUGCAUAUGCUCGUCCGAAUGAUCUGUGGGAUAGAAAAUGCGCUGUAACAGGAAUCGCACGUACCCCCAGA